GGCCGGGCCAGUCCCGGGCGGCGCCGGCGGCCGCCAUGGUCCGGCUCUCCAAGCCCAAGACGUUCCAGGCCUACCUGGACAACUGUCACCGCAGAUACAGCUGUGUGCACUGCCGGGCACAUCUGGCCAACCACGAUGACCUCAUCUCCAAGUCUUUCCAAGGGAGUCAGGGGCGAGCUUAUCUCUUCAACUCAGUGGUGAAUGUGGGGUGUGGGCCGGCUGAGGAGCGGGUGCUGCUGACAGGGCUACACGCAGUAUCCGACAUCCACUGUGAGAGCUGCAAGACCACGCUGGGCUGGAAAUACGAACAAGCCUUCGAGAGCAGCCAGAAGUACAAGGAGGGGAAAUACAUCAUCGAGCUGAGCCACAUGAUCAAGGACAACGGCUGGGACUGACCCUGCCCCACAGACCCCACUGCAGCGGGGGGUGGGGCUUGCACCAUCGUUCCCAUGGAAACCAGCAGCAAGGCGGGGCCUUGCAGCAUCAGUUCUAUGGCCUAACUGAGGAGGGGGCUCCCUGGCACCGUUUCCAUGGAGAUCCAUCCCAAACCUGGUCCCCCUCCAGCAGGGGUGGGGCUUCACCUCAAGGUUGCUAUGGAGACCACCCUGCCCAGGACCACUCCACUGCCAGGAAGGGGCGGGACCUUGCUGCACCGUUUCCAUAGAGAUGAGCACCGCCUCCUAACUUUGCAUGGGGACAUUACUGAACAUUAAUUAAUGGGGGGGGAGGACAGGUAAUGCCCCCCAGGGGGAGGGAGGGGCGGUGCUGCACUGGGCUGUGAUUGGCUGGGGGGAGGGUACUGCCCGAGGGGGGCAGGAGGGGGGGACCCCCAGGAGAUGCUGUGUCAUGGGGGGGGCUGUACAAUAUUGAGUGUGAAUCUGUCGUGUGUAAAUAAAACAGCUUCAAGUGUCGCUGCCAGUGGGCUCCUCGCGCAGCAGGGGGCGCUGGGGGGCCCCACUCCCCCCCAGCUCCAAAGGCUCCUGGGAAACAGCUGGGGGGGGGGAGUCUGCAGAGUCCCGG